CGGCCCGGCCCGGCGCGGCCUCAGGAGGGAGCGUGGAGCCGCCUCCAGGCCCGGCCCAGCACUCGCCAAGAUGCCGCUGCUGGUUAACGGAGCGCGGGUGGACCUGUCCCGGCCCACAGGGGACAUGAUCCGCGCACACCCGCACCUCGAGGAAAAGGCAAAGCUUCUGAGAAGUCAGCCUGCUCAGACUGUGGAACCCAAAGGCCUCCUCUAUGUCCAGCAGAGAGAGUUUGCAGUGACCACCCCCAAAGAUGGUUCUGUUUCUAUUCUUGGAUCAGAUGAUGCAACUACCUGCCACAUAGUUGUGCUCCGACACACAGGCAGCGGAGCCACCUGCCUGACACACUGCGACGGGUCUGACACAGAGACCGAGGUGUCGCUCAUCAUGAGUUCAGUGAAGUCUCUCUCAAACACCACGGGCUGUGGCAGGCUGGAAGUGCACCUAGUUGGAGGUUUCAAUGAUGAUAGGCAGUUAUCACAAAAACUUACUAAUCAGCUUCUUAGAGCGUUCGAUCUCCAGCCAGAUGAUGUUCACUUAGUGACCUUCUGUGUAACAGAACUAAAUGAUAGAGAAGAACAGGAUAUUCACUUUCCAAUCAUUUAUGGAAUAGCUGUGAAUGUUAAAACAGCAGAGAUUUUCCCUGCAACCUUCCCAGAAAAAGGGCCGGAUGAGGAUUUGCGUUCAGCCCAUGUUUUAACAGGAGCACCACUCACCAACAUCUACGAUGCAAAGACGGAACAGCUCCGUAUUGGGCCUUAUUUCUGGGGGCCUUUCCCACACGUGGACUUCUGGUUGGAACAGGAUGAUGCCCAGAUUUUACAGGUACCUGAAACUGAGCUUUUUUUUUCCCCUUCUGGCUGAGUAGAGAGGAGGGGAUGCAGUCUGUCAGAACUUCUUCCAGUGCACUGCUGGCCCUGGGAAGGGUGGGGAAUAUCCUUAUUGGAAGGCAGGAUCUGGAGAACAUUGUGCUCUGAAUAUCAAGCAGCUCUUGCUCCCAUCUUCUCUUUCAGAAUCUUUCCACGUCGCCCCUGGCUGAGCCACCCCACUUUGUUUCCCACAUGCGAUCUACAUUAACAUUUCUCAAAGCACAUCCCUUUCCAUCUCGGUCCCUGUUCCCCGACAGCAAACCUCGCAUCUACAAAAAAAACAAAGAAGGGUUGUGGGAACAGGUUUGUUCUGACAAGAUCUAACCUGGAACCAACCACCACAACUGCUUUAGGGAAGUACAGUCUUGCAAGAUGAGCAAUUUGUUGUAAAAAGGAUAUUGCUGGUCACAAAUACCAUUGUUCCUGUGCUUUUCAAAAUAAAAUAUUUUGAUAGAAGUAA